AUGGUGGUCGUCGUUGUUGUCGUCGUGGUUGGAGCAGUCGUCGUCGACUUAGUUGUAGUCGUCGAGACACUAGAAGUCGUGCUGGUCGUGGUUGGAGCCGUUGUCGUUGACUUGGUUGACGUUGUUGAAACACUCGAGGUGCUGGUUGACUUCGUUGACGUUGAAGUACUAGUCGACUUGGUCGAGGUCGUCGAAACACUUGAAGUGCUGGUUGACUUGGUUGACGUCGAAGUCGUCGAAACACUUGAAGUGCUGGUUGACUUGGUUGACGUCGAAGUACUGGUCGACUUGGUCGAGGUCGUCGAAACACUUGAAGUGCUGGUCGAUUUAUUCGAGGUUGUCGAAGCGCUUGAAGUGCUUGUUGACUUAGUUGUCGUUGACGUACUGGUCGACUUGGUUGAAGUUGAAGUACUAGUCGACUUGGUCGAGGUUGUCGAGACACUUGAGGUGCUGGUUGACUUGGUUGACGUCGAAGUACUGGUUGACUUGGUUGACGUCGAAGUACUGGUUGACUUGGUCGAGGUCGUCGAAACACUUGAAGUGCUGGUCGAUUUAUUUGAGGUUGUCGAAGCGCUUGAAGUGCUUGUUGACUUAGUUGUCGUUGACGUACUGGUCGACUUAGUUGAAGUUGAAGUACUGGUUGACUUGGUCGACGUUGUGGAAACAGUUGAGGUGCUGGUCGACUUGGUUGACGUCGAAGUACUAGUCGAUUUAGUCGAGGUCGUUGAAGCACUUGAAGUGCUCUUCGAGGUUGUCGAAACACUGGAAGUGCUGGUCGACUUAGUCGAGGUGGUUGACACGCUAGAGGUGCUCUUUGACGUCGUGGGAACGCUUGAAGUGCUGGUCGAUUUGGUCGAGGUCGUUGAAAUGCUGGAGGUGCUCUUCGAGGUUGUCGAGACGCUAGACGUACUCGUCGACCUAGUUGAUGUCGAAACACUCGAGGUGCUCGUCGACUUGUUCGAGGUCGUCGAAACACUUGAAGUACUGGUUGACUUCGUCGAGGUCGUCGGAACGCUUGAAGUGCUGGUCGAUUUGGUCGAGGUCGUUGAAAUGCUGGAGGUGCUCUUCGAGGUUGUCGAGACACUAGACGUACUCGUCGACCUAGUCGAGGUCGAAACACUCGAGGUGCUGGUCGAGGUGCUCGUCGACUUGGUCGAGGUCGUCGAAACACUUGAAGUACUGGUUGACUUCGUCGAGGUCGAAACACUCGAGGUGCUGGCCGAGCUGCUUGUUGACUUGGUGCUGGUCGAAACACUAGAAGUCGUCUUGGUCGAGCUGCUGGUCGACUUAGUUGUGCUGCUGGUCGACUUAGCUGUGCUGCUGGUCGGCGUGGAAGCUGAGCUUGUAGACUUGGUGCUGGUUGAAACGCUGGACGUCGUCUUGGUUGAACCACUGGUCGAGGUAGAAGCUGAGCUUCGCGACUUAGUUGUCGUCGUCGAAACACUCAAAGUCGUGCUGGAAGAGGUACCGGUCGAAGGACGCUGA